AUGGUUCCCGUCGCGUGCAAGCGAGAGAAAAAGAGAGUCAAAUCCAUCCACAUCCAUCUACUCCAAGAAUCGACAGAUAGUCUUGGCUAUAUCCUGCAGUACGAACGCAUCCUCACUUGCUUCGCGAAUCAGCCUGCGCCAGACAUUAUUGUGAUUUUGACGCAGCGUUUGCCACAUUACGAUAUUACCAACAAAGUAGUCUCCGGUCACGCCUGCAUUUUCGAGUGGAAGACACUAGCAUCAGUUUUAGUUAUGACUACGCCAAUGAUACCAAUUUUGAUUGGUAUUCUGAUAUUGAGAAAACGAAUUGUCGCUAUUCUUUCAACGCAUACACUGUCGGAGAACACCAAGGUGCUACACAACGAUUUACUCAAGGCGCUCACCUAUCAGGCUGUACUUCCCUGCCUCUUCUCCGUCAGCCUGCUGUGCUACAUUUGCACACAAUUCGGCCUCUACCGUCAUCCGAUUCUGGAAUCUUUUUUAGUCAUGCCACUCGACUCCCUUGCUGUUCUCAGUCCACUGAUGAGCUUAUGCUUUAUCAGACCGUAUAGACGCCUCAUAUCAAAGCGCUUGUCAUCUGCCUUCAAAUGGACUUCAUACGCUGUCGGCGCACCAUCGCAGAGGACUUUUUAA